AUGGCCAAGCAUACUAUUCAGUUUAUUGCUGUUAAAGAUGGAGCUGAAAUGGUGAUGUAAAAUAGGAUCUACUAAAACAAAGUGAAAAGAACAAGCUGCAAAAUGGGUGACAUAAAAAACAUACGCGUCGACAACUGGGGAAUGUUUUUCCUUCAACGGCUUCAACAGUUUUUCAAUAAAACUGAUUAUUGUGAUUUGACACUGCAGUUUCAUGAUAAUUCACAAUUGAAAGUUCAUCGCUUGGUUUUAAAUGCUUGUACAGAAUAUUUUACUAUAUUGGAAAGAAACUGUGAAAUGAUUGAUGACUGCCUUAUCAUGCCAAUGGACUUGCAAGCAGACGUUGUGGUCCCUAUUGUUAAUUUCAUGUAUACGGGGCAACUAGAAUUUAGAUAUAAUAUGCUUGAUAGGUUGCAAACUACAGCACAGAUGAACAUUGCUAUACUAACAAAGUUAUUAAGAGCACAAAGAAUACAAGCACCAAAUGCUUCUAAGCCAGUUUUACUCAACCAUCAGAAUCCUAUUGUUUCUAUGACAUAUAACUUACAAGGUCGAAAUAUUAUCCAGAAGGUAGAUGAAAUGCGCAAGGGUUAUGUGCAAAAACGACCAGCUCCUGCAUCACCAACUUCUUCUGAACCUAAACGUGUAAAUUUACAAGAUGUCAAAGAGUAUGUAGAAGCCCAUCGGCUGCGAGCAAAUUAUGAAGUGGAAGAAAAUGAAGAUGACCCGGAUGAUGAUAAUUAUCAUGACAAUGGAAAUGAUGAUUAUGAUAGUGACUCCAGUGCUAAUCAUGCUCGUAUAAUAAGUGAGGUUCUAAAGAAGUAUCCACAUAUCAUGAAGAAUAAUAAAAAUAUUAAACUUAAAGUAGUUCAGCAAAGAUCAAGUGGAACGACAAAGCUAAAUAAUGAUGAUAAAGUUGUGGUUAGUGUAGCAAAAGAAUGCAGUCCAAAUAAUGAUGGAAAAGUUGAAGAACAACCUAAAGUAAUUGAUGCAAAAAAGAUGCAUGCCCUUCUUGCAUUGGGCGCUGAAAAUAAGACUGGUCCCUGGCUUUGUUUAAGAUGUGGAACAAAUGGUAGACCUAUAAUUCCUUCUUAUCCCGUUUUUAGAAAACAUCUAGUUCGAGUUCAUAAUGAAAAAAUAGAUGAAAGAAUUUGUGAACACUGCGGUCAUAAGUCCACAAAACGUAAUUAUUUAUAUUUUCAUCUAUAUACUAAGCAUGGUAUUAAACCACCUAGUAACACACAUUUUCCUAAAUGUUCUCAUUGUGAUUUUAUAGCAUUGAAUGAUGCUUUAUUGUCUAAACAUAUAUUAAAUCAUUCAAAAUUGAAUGAAUUCGUUUGUAACCAAUGUUCAACUUGGUUUAGGACAAAACAAGCAUUGAUAACCCAUAUGGCCCAAACAGGACACAAAAUUGGUGCUACCACAAAGGAGUCCCAACAGUGCAUCUAUUGCAAUAAAAUGUUCUUACGUGAAGCAAACAUGUAUGCUCAUGUAAAAUCAGUUCAUAAAGAACAAGCACGCAAUGAUGGUAUUAUUGAAUUUUCUGAUAAUGAAGAAAAGAAUUAUACUGAACCUUCUAUGGAAACUGUAGAAGGUAAUGAUAAGUAUAUCCCUAAUGACCCGCAAUUACAACAGAGGGGAAAGAUUAAAAUUCUUUCAAAUAUUGCUCUACCACCAGCAGUUUCAAAGGAAGUACAAAUGAUGCUUGCAUCCGGACAUCAGACGCAUGUUAAUACUAUAUCUCAAAAUGCUACAAUUGGCUCACAAAUUGUAGGAAGUGAUAUCAUUAUACAAAAUGCAGUAGUGCAAAGUUUAGAACCCAGCUCUGAAGCAGAGGCUUUAAACAAUGUGGCUUCUGGAAUAGCUACUAGUUUAGGUCUUGUGGAUAGCAUUGUUGUCAUGGACGAUCAUUAUGAAAUAUCUAACCAGAAUGUUGACGAGAAUCAAGGACAAUACUCAAUUCCUUGUAAAUCAAAUGCAAUUGGAUGA